GUUAUUCACUUAUCAGUUAUAAUAGUUAUCAGUUCUGAUAACACAGACGAUUUUCAUUCUGUGAUAAUAUUAUUCGGAUAUUAGACAUCACUUCAAUCUGUGCUCUCAGUUUAGUUUUUAGUGCUCUAGAUAGUAGGCCUAGGUCUAUUAUUUUUAGGAUAUUACAUAAUCCAUCUUAGUACGCAGUGGGCUUUUAUAGUGGACUCACUACCCUACUAUAGUAUUACACUGUGAUAUUAUUAUUAGGAUAUUACAUAACCAGUUAUUCCAUCAGUGAUCAGUGAGUUUUUUAUUAGCGGAGCUAGUUUUAUCUAAAUAUAUUAGGAUAUAGACCUUCAGUUGUUUCGUCUCUGUUCUAAAGUUUUCCGUGGUUUUUGAUAGUCUGUCUAUUAUUAUUCUGUGAUAUUAGGAUAUUAUUAAAAAUGUUCGAGUUGGAGGAUAUAAGAAUUGGUGACAGCUAUGUGAUAAGAGAAGCAAGAAGGACAGAUUGUGAGAGGAUACAUCAGCUAGUGAAGGAUCUUGCUGAUGAUUGGGUGCACCGAAAAAACACACCAAAAGUCCGAUGCGAAAGUAACCAACAACAAUUAAUAUUAAGUUUAUUUCUGUUGACAGAUUUAGAAAUCUACGGAUUUGAUACAACGCCACCUAAAUUCAAAUGUCUAGUAGUUGAAUACACUAAUGACAUGCAGGAUUUGACCAAUGGUACAAAUAGCCAAAGUAACUCAAAUCUGAUUGGCUAUGCCUUCACAUCGUUUACUUUCAGUUCAUGGUAUGGCCAUGAGUUAUACCUUGAAGACAUCUACUUAGAGAAAGAGCACCAGGGAAAAGGCAUAGGAGCACGGCUGUUUGAUGCAGUGGUUGAGGUACGUGAUUAUUUAUUUCAAUUAUUUUGCACAUAACUUUCUUCCUGGAUAAACGGAUAAAUGAAUAAUAAAGAACUAUAAUGAGGUCCUCGUUAUAAUGGCCC